UCUGGCGUGAGAUUGACAUUCAAACGGCUAGAAUCUAGAAUGGCCACGUUUUUUGAGAACUCCCUGCUGCAGCACAAAACCCGGUAUCAGCUUUUGGCCACGGUAAUAGUUAACAUUAUUACUUUCGGACAUGGAGUGGGUGUGGGUUGGCUCUCGCCGACUCUGACCAAAAUCCAAACGCUCGAUUCGCCGCUGGACUUCGAAGUGAAUCUCGCCGAGAUUUCCUGGCUGGGCUCUAUGCUGGGACUGGGCAGCCUGUGCGGAAACCUGACCAUAGCCCUGCUGAUUGAGAGAGCAGGCAGGAAGUUCGGCCUUUACCUCAUGGCCGGGCCAUAUGCGUGUAUCUGGAUUUUGAUCUACUGCGCCUCCAAUGUGUACUACCUGUACGCAGCGAGAUUCCUGUGCGGAUUUACCGGCGGAGCAGGAUACUUGGUGGUUCCGAUUUUCAUUAGCGAAGUAGCAAUUUCCAGCAUUCGAGGGGCUUUGACUUCGAUGGUGAUGCUAUCCGUCGAUUUGGGAAUACUGGCUGGCUAUCUAAGCACUUAUCUGGCCUAUCAUGUCGUACCCUUCUUGGCCAUUAUCUUGCCCGUUGCCUACUUUAUAGCCAAUAUAAUGUUGCCCGAAACAGCCACGUAUCUGCUGAAGAAGAGCCAGCUGGCUGCUGCAGAGAACUCGUUCAGAUACUACAGGAAUCAGCGGAGUGCAAUUUGCGAGCAAGCCUCAAAGGUCAACUUCGAGGAGCUGCGCACAGCGGUUUUGUCUCAGCACACACGGAAUGCCACGCCACUCAGUUACAAGGACCUCACGACCAAGCCCGCUCUGAAAGGAUUUGCGGCCUCCAUUGUCCUCAGCUUGGGCUACCAGUUCAGUGGGGUUUUCAGCUUCAAUAGUAUGUCGGACAUAUUUAAAGCAUCCGGCUCGGUUGUGGACGUUAAUACGGCCACCAUUAUCAUAAGAUUAGUCCAGAUCGUUGGCGUCUACACCUCGACCAUAUUGGUGGACAUAGUUUCUGAUGUUCUGAUGUUGAUCUCCACUAUGGGAGUUGGAGGCUGCAUUGCCUUCGGUUGCUUUACCUACAUGGCCAAAAUCUAUGAUCUCAGCGAUUUCAAUUGGCUGCCUUUGGUGCUGAUGAUUAUCAUUUGUUACGUGGCCAAUAUUGGACUAAUUGGAAUCUUUUUCCUCGUGCUGGUGGAACUGUUUCCAGUAAAGAUUCGCUCCCUAGCCACCUCGCUGUCUGUGAUUUUCUUGAGUUUACUCGUCUUUGGAUCCCUGAAGCUGUUUCCCCUGAUGCUUCACUACUGGGGCAUAUCCUAUACCAUGUGGUUCUCCGCUGCCUCUGCACUACUUACGUUCUUCUACUUCUGGCUGUUCCUGCAGGAAAGUCUAUGAUUGAGGAUUAGCAAGUAGCUGAAUUUCAUCUGAAGCCUUUAACUCCUUCAAAAUCAACUGCAAAGUCACAUGCUUAAUUUGUGAAUGCAGGUUUUUUAUUUGUAAUUAAUUAACACAGCAUGUGCAAUUUUUGCAUUUAUUUGUAUAAUGUAAUAGAAAUGAAAGGAUUCAUUUUCUAGUAUUUGUCAACCCUGCGCUAAAAAUAAUGUGCAAUAAGCACGAAACAAAAAAAUACACAAUUCUGGUUUAAAAUUUGCAUUGGUUUGCUUGAGCCAUCGAAAAGCAAACAUUAAUUUGCGAUUCCCAUGAAAAUUAUGAGUUAAAUUUUGUAAACGAUGAAAGUGAUGACUUUUGUGUUAAUAUCAUUAUUUAUGAACAUGAUAUUCCAGAUGUUAAUGCUAUAUGGUACGUUCUCAGGAGGUUUCCGCCUCCGCAGGCAUUUAUAUGUUUCGUAAGAUAUAUUCAAGUGUUACAAUAAAACUCAAAAUAUCUUCAA